AUAGUCACUAGACAGUCGUCGCAGCGUCUCAUCAUGGGGGGCAGCGUCUCGCUAUGGGCGGUGGUGGUCAUCGUGGUCUGCAGCGUCCACCUACAGCAUCCUGGCCGUGGAGCGGCGGGCGUACAGGUGCUACGCUUUCAAGAGGAUCGAGUGGCCACUUCCCACACACAGGCUUGGUACAAGGGCAAGUUGGAAGUUUCACGACAGCUCGCUUCUGUUACUUUGUGCGGCAGGGUCUUUCUCUUCACCCUUCACACCUGGGCAACCUUCAUCCAACUCAAAAAUUCUAAGGGUGAACGCAGUAUCUUAGAGGGAGACAUCUGGCUUGACCGUGUGAGACCUGUCAUAGCACAAAACUGGAACUUCCAACUCCUCAAGAAGAAACUGUGGGUGUUCAGGUGGCAUCAUCUGUGUUUCACCUACGACGCCGAACGACACCUACUAAGUACCUAUGUAGAUGGUCAUCUUAAUAGCAAACAAGAUGUUGACUUCCACGACAAGUAUAUAGCUGCGGAUGGAGCUGUCCUUGGGCAAGGCGUUGACUAUAUGAGAAGCUUCAGCGGGAACCUUACUCAGGUCAAUGUGUGGGACAAGCCGCUCUCUGCUGACGAGAUCCGUCGUCUUGCUAAGUGUGAGGACGACCAACAGGGCAAUUAUAUCUCCUGGAACAUUGGCUGGACGCUACAAAAUGUGACUAGCUACGAGGUGCCUCUAACUGAAAUUUGCAAACAAGAGGCAGACACCCGAUAUUUCUGGUUUCCUUCCCUCACUUACAACGCGGCACUGUACUUGUGCCGGGCACUGGGCUCAUCUCUUCCGACUGGCACCAAUAUAGAUGAAGUUGUGAACAUAGCCACCAUAGCCCACAGCAAGUUCCAGUACUACCAGAACUGCUUUACGGAUUUUUGGAUCGGCCCUAAUGACAUCAAGGAAGAGGGUGUGUGGAUGAUGUAUGGCGUACCAAUUCAAGAUCCUAUUGUCUGGAAAGCAUCUGAGCCCAAUGGUCUGCAGUACGAAAACUGUGGUGCCAUAGCACCUAUAGGUGUUUCUGACCUUGACUGUGAUACAAACUUAAGAUGUACUGUCUGUUCAUUUAAAGACUUUCAUAGGUUUUCUUUCGUGGGCACGUGUGAAUCGGAGCUACGCAACGUGUAUUAUACUGCGUUUCAGCUUGAUGAAGAGGAGCUGAUGUUCAUGGGCUACGGCGCCUACCACAUCAAAAGACUCAACGGUACCUGGACGUGGAUCAACGUGGUCACUAACGAGACUAUCGCGUUCAUGUUGGAAAGUCUGCCAGAUUUUCCGAUGGGACGUCGCUGGUGGCAGCUGGAGCAACCCGUGUGUGAACAGAAGGAAGGUGAUCGGUGGCUGCUGCUGUCGCCUUGCCAAGCAGGCUACUUCACCUGCAAUGAUGCCACCUGUAUCCCGCUAUCAUACCGCUGUGACCUCAAGUAUGACUGUGGGGACAACAGUGAUGAGGAAGAGUGCGAGUUGGUGUCCUUCCCAGAUGGUUACCAGAAGCAUCUGCCACCCCGCAGUAUGGACUUAGAGGAGGCCGCUUUGUCCAUUGUGCUCACCGUCAUUGUGGAGUCAUUAGCCGUUAAGACCAUCGACAUGGUAAUGGAGGUAUCAUACCAGCUGAUGCUCACCUGGAAGGACAACCGACUGCUGUACCAAGACCUCAAGGUGGACAGCACUCUCAAUGUGUUGCCGGGAGACACAAUGGACAAGUUGUGGACGCCAGAGGUGGACUUCAUCAACACGAUCAAAAGCGAGCACACCCUUAUGGACGGGGAUAGCGUCAUGAGGGUUGACCGGCGGGCCACCUCCAUUGGCAUGAAGCCUGCAGUGCCAAGGGAAGUUGAAUUGUUUUCUGGAGAUGCCAACACACUGACAGCAAGAAGGAAAUAUGGAACUUCGUUUAUGUGCCAUCUCUCUCUCGUUCUCUAUCCCUUUGAUGUGCAAGAAUGCGUCAUGCACUUCAGGAUUUCAUCGGCCACUAAGUUUUUCCUUCUGUUCAACCCUAAUAUGUCCUCCGUCAAUAUUUCCGCCAACCGCUUCUUGGUUGAGUAUGAGGUGGGCGACCUUUCCUUGGAACAUGGAGGUGAGAGUCAAUUCAGCGAGGUGAAGGUGAUAGUGCCGCUCACUCGUCGCUCUGGAUAUGCGAUCCUCAACAUCUACCUACCAACCCUGGUGCUCCUCAUCGUGAGCUACGUGACGCUGUUCAUCCGGCCAGCCAUCAUUGACGUGAGGAUGACGUCAGCCCUCACGGUGCAGCUGGUCAUCGCCACACUCUUCUCUCAGGUGUCUGCCUCCCUUCCCAAGACUUCUUACUUCAAGAUGGUGGACUUGUGGCUCAUAUUCUGCAUCUCCAUCACUUUCCUCACCAUAAUUUUUCACGUAGUGGUGGACAACGUGAUGCAUGGAGAACCAUCCCCCAGUGGGAGUACUGUGUGGGUGAACUCAUUAGCCAAGAGUAAAUUAGGCCCAGUGGUUCCAGGACACACGGCACCUGCAACCACUCCAAGCGUUCCGGGGAGGGAAGUAGUGGGCAAGCGGGUGGUGAUAGCUACCAAGGUGAUGGUGCCAGCAGUCUUCAUUAUCUUCAAUAGCUGUUAUUGGGGAUAUAUUAUGAGUCAGUGAUUGAAGAUAACAUGGAAGAGUAGGAGAGACUGAAACGACAGCAUCAUGGAAUCACUUAUAGAGGGAGAACAUUACAAAGCCACAGUGAACGGAUAUUGUGUUACUGGCUCACUUAAAGGGAAAGGAAGUAUUGUUGUGUUACACAGAAUGGAAGUGAUACGUUGUGAAGCUGUGUGAAGAGGCAGUAGAGGAUGACAUAUUUUGCUGAGAUGUCCAGCACAUACUUGCACUAAAUCACAACAAAGUUCCAGUGUUAUGUAUCACAUCGAAUACAACAUGAUACAUAUGGACACAUAUAGCAGCCUACGUGUGUCUGUGUUACGACCACCUCCCUGGUGACUCAUGAGAUCGCACAGGCCAGCACUAAUCCCCUUGCAACCUGACGAUUACUCACUGGUCGCUUGAUAACAGUUCGUACUUGGCGUUUGUGGGAUCAGCAGGCUCGAUUCGACAUCCCUAUUCCUUGUUUUUCUCACGACUUCUUCUGGUUGUGUAUCACUGUGUGAAAGCACCCCAUCAUUAAGUAUUUACACUUGGCAGUGGCGAUCUUAAAUGUCCCUGUAUUCAUGUAGAAUUAUGUGUAUCCUUUACAUGGGUCAGUGUGACAUUUGGCGGAAGAAAGCCAAAACUAUCAUUGCCUAUAUUUUAUAAUACGCUUGAGAACCAAUGAAUAAUGAAGAAGAAUAAUUCACUUUGCAAAGAUAAUAAAUAGUCUUAACUUUUAUCAGUGUGGCAUUAGAAAUAUUGCACCAUUUUAUGUAGGAGAAAGAACCAUCUCCAUGUUAUCCUCCUUAAGAAUCAAUGAAGAAAGGAAAGUAACAGUAUAUACAUCUAAUCGUCGUAACUUACAUAAACUUUAAAGGCACAUCAUCAUCAUCAGAAGAAUCAGCAGCAGCAGCAGCAACAACAACCUCUAUUAUUCCAACAAAGAUAAAAGAAAAAAUACCUCCUUACCCUUCUCCACUCGUUUGUCAGUUGUCAGCUUGUUCUAGACCAUCUCAACAAAACUUAUCUAAUUUUUCCAUCAAAAUUUCUGUCUACCUUAUCUUCUUUGGUCUGUCGUGAAUUACUACCAUCUAUUUUCUGUUCGGUGCAUGACGCGUUCUGUCCUUGUACACUUUUAUUUCUUCAACGCUGUCAAAACGAGGAUGCACAGAUGAACAGAGAACCCAAAUGUGACGUCAUGUCUCUAAAUAAACACUAACCUUGCA